AUGUCCUCGGAUUACCCCCCUAAUAGCACUGGCUCGCUCCCGUCCCAUCAGGAAGCCAUCCUCACCGCAGCCCGCGCCGGCGACGUCCCCGCCCUGCAACAACACCUCACCGCUCUAGGUAUCCAAUCCCCAUCUUCACCUAUCGAGCCUACAUGGUCGAGGUUGCCCACGUUCACCAUCGUCCUUGUGCCUCCCUCCGGCCCCCCUGCCACAUCCACGCUCCUCGCAGCAGCCAUCAUUGCCCGACAACCUCACAGUCUCAGCUACCUUCUGACCGUCUUCCCCGACGCCUGUAUCACGGCCCUUUUGGGCACCGCGCUGUCUCAUCCCAACCUUGAGAUCUUCAAGAUUCUUUACGCGCACGACCCGAGCAUUUGUGAUCAUGAGUUUGAGAGUGGGGAAACGACGUUAAUGAUGGCUUGUCGUGAUGGCGGCACAGGGACGGAGGCUGCAGAGGUGAUCGAGUUCCUACUAGAAAAUGGGGCAGAUGCCAACGAGAGUGGGCUAGGAUUAACGGGGCCACUGAUCUUCGCAGUGAGGUAUGGGCAGCCGUUGAGUAUUGUGGAGGCGAUGGUAGGAAGGGGGGCGAGGGUAUGGAACGGCGUAAUCUUGGAAGCGAUGAGAGCAUGGAGGCUGGAUGCUGCUAAGUGGUUCUUGGAGGUCUGCAACAUUACCGAUACCGUGGAGAUGUUGGAAUGGCUGAGGGCUGAAGUGGAGAAGUGUGGGGAUCUAGGGCUUAGUAAGGCUUAUGAGCGGAGACUUGAGGAGGAGAAGGAGAAGGAGAAGGAAAAGACAUUUGCUCGAGCUCAGAAGGAUGGCGCUGCUGAUAAGCAGCCUAAAGAGAAAGGGUUUUUGGCGAGGGUCAAACAAAUCAUGGGGCAAUGA